GCCGGGCCCGCGUGCCCCCCGCAGGCGCGGGACGGCGCGGGCGGACAUGGGGGAAGGGGAGGCCGGUUCGCCGCCGGCGGCUGAGAGGAAAGGGGCGGAGGAGGAGGAGGAGGAUUUCGGCUACCGGCUCUUCCCGGACCGGAAUAAGAAGCCGCAGAGCUUCCUGGUCCGCAGCCUCUUCACCUUCCACAAUAAGUGCCAGCUGAUGCUGAGGCUGACCCUGGAAACGAAUCCAUAUGCUCGACUUCUCCUUGAGGCUCUGAAGCAAUCUGGUUGCACUGUCUUCAAUGACCGGCACUUUUCUUGUGAAAACUGUGAUGGCUGUGUCAGUGGAGGUUUUGAUGCUGCCACAUCUCAGAUUGUUCUGUGUCAGAACAACAUUCGCCAACAAUCCCACAUGAACCGGGUGGUCACACAUGAAUUGAUUCAUGCAUUUGAUCACUGCCGUGCACAUGUUGACUGGUUUAAAAAUGUCAAACACUUAGCAUGUUCAGAGAUUCGAGCUGCUAAUCUCAGUGGAGACUGUACUUUGAUGAAUGAAAUAGCCAGGUUUAAAUUUGGAUUGAAAGGGCACCAUCAGACUUGUGUACGAGACAGAGCAAUUCGUUCCAUUCUGGCUGUUAGAAAAGUUAGCAAAGAAACAGCAGAGAAAGCUGUGGAUGAAGUUUUUGAUGCCUGCUUCAAUGAUCUUGAGCCUUUUGGAAGAAUCCCACACAGCAAGGCAGAUGCAAAACGUGCUUACAGAGACUUUCAGAACAGAGAUCGCUAUACUGCUAAUUUGAACAAGAUGCCUGAAGAUGACAACAGCGUGUUGCUUUUUCCUGAUCAGCGGCAAACACUCGGAGAAGAUUAAAACCUAAGCACAGUCCUCACAAAGGACAAAGCAGAACACACACAAAAUGCCUGAGAGAGCUGACCAAGCAUGAAUUGCCUGAGUUCUGUUUGUGUUGGACUAUGUGUGGGUUGCAUUUAGUUCCAGUUGUAGCAUAAUUCAUACCUACAGGAAGAUCCCCUGUAGCAUUGAAAGUUAUCCCCGUUGUACUGGAGGAAGUUAGGUCUUGACUAAGAUUCUUCAAACAUGUGCUUUCAGUAGUUUUACAGAAUUUGAAAUGGAGAUUUCAUAAUCAUAUUUUCCUGGGGUAAUUCAUCAGUGACUGACAUAAUCUCAUGGCUGAACAUCUGAACAGGGAAAAAAUAGAUAUAAUAACCUAGAUACCUAUGGAGAAAAUUACACAUUGAAUUCUAGACUUCCCAUUUUCCCUGUAGUCUCUAUAGACCUGCAGUUUCCAAAAUCCUCUGAGAAUCAGAGAUGCCUUGAAAUCUGCAUAAUAAUAUCUGUUGAUAUUCCCUUAACCUUUUACUGUUCUUCAAGUCACCGUUUUAGUCAGUAUGGUGUAUGAUACUGGGUUUUUUAUAGUUCUGACAUAUUCUGGCCAAUAAUGCCUUCCCUUCAUUAUGCCUUAUUAACCAAAGUUCUGCUUUAAAGUGUCUGUGUUUGCAUUUAUAUUGCAUUUUGACCAAUACAUAGUUUGAGUAUAUACAUUUGUCUUCUAUCUGGGAUAAACUUUAUGAAGUCUACUUAGAAAGGAAAAAUAUAGCAAUAAAAUCUAGAAAAUGCAAGCAU